AUGUCGACAAAGCCAUUAGCGCACGAGAAGCGCAAGGGCGAAUCUGCUCUUAGCGAUUUCGCCGAGUAUGUAGAACAGCAACAAAACCUACGGUAUCCCACCGCAAGAACCACGACGGACGCGACAGGCGCAAAUGAUACAGCCGAGACCACCGAUAGCAACACUGAGCAUCACGAGGAACUAGAUGAACUCUUCGACAAUCUCGAUCUUGCCGAAUCAGUACCCCGGGUACCCCUUAAGGAGCUUCUCCUUGGGUCGACCGAAGAUACCUUGAAGCAAUUGGAGGAUCUUGUUGCCGACCGGUUGGAGGAGGGCUUUGGAGAAUGUGUGUUCGAGAUCGGAUACGAGAACCAUGGUGAAUCGAUGCACCUCACUAUCGACCAGUGGAAUCAAGCGUUCAAGACACUCCAAGAAGCAGCGAAGCGCGUGCGCGCUGAUUGCGACCUUCUAUUGACCAAGAAUGUCGGUGGCGACCUCGAAGCCGACAGCACUGCCGACAGGCCCACAAAGGACAAGAGCUGCAGCGGUAAAGUCCUUAUUCGCCAAAACCCUGCAACAAUAGAGGACGUCAUUGAAACGCGAAUAGCAGUCGUUGGAAAUGGCAAGCUGUCUUGGGAAGAAAUCGGCAAGCGGAGCGCAAAAGUCAUCACUUUCACUGACUUGGCCGGCCACGAGAAGUAUCUAAGAACAACAGUGUUUGGUCUGCUCUCGAGCAGUCCCAACUACUGCCUUCUCAUGGUGGCAGCGAACAACGGGCUUAUCGGAAUGAGCAAGGAGCACUUGGGUAUCGCCCUGGCUCUCAACGUUCCCGUCAUGGUUGUAGUUACCAAGAUCGAUAUUUGCCCACCCAACAUUCUGGAGCAGACGUUAACCCAGAUCACCAAGAUUAUGAAGAGUCCUGGAGCGCGAAAGAUACCAACUUUCAUCAAGACUCGCGAAGAAUGCAUCAACACGGCAACACAGUUUGUCAGUCAAAGAAUAUGCCCUGUGUUCCUCGUCUCCAACGUUACAGGAGAGAACCUUGAUCUGGUCCGAACAUUCUUGAACAUCCUGCCUCACCACGGACGAUACAACUCGGACGCCCCGUUUGAAUUCCAUGUGAACGAUACUUUCUCGGUACCUUUCACAGGAACCGUGGUAUCCGGCAUCAUCAAAUCUGGAGUCAUCCAUGAGGGUGACAACGUUCUCAUAGGACCUGACUCUUUGGGACAAUUCACACCCACCACGGUCAGAUCAAUUGAGCGCAAGAGGAUAAGGGUACCAGCCGCAUCGGCUGGCCAGUCCGCUUCUUUUGCCUUGAAGAAGGUCAAGCGCAAGGACGUCAGAAAGGGAAUGGUAGUUCUUCCCAAGAUUGAAGGCCAAGUAAUGCCCAAGGUACAUCGGGAGUUCAUUGCAGAGGUUCUUAUCCUGUCUCACGCAACUACUAUCAAGACUAAGUACCAGGCCAUGCUUCACGUCGGCCCCGUCUCCCAGACUUGUGCCAUUAUCGACAUUGAUCGAGAACUCAUCCGAACAGGAGAUCGUGCGACUGUUGCGUUCCGCUUCGUCCAACGGCCCGAAUACCUGGCGCCAGGCGACAGGCUUCUUUUCCGUGAGGGCCGUACAAAGGGACUUGGUAUUGUCAAGUCCGUGGGGUACGAUCCAAAUCAUCCUCUGAUGCCCAACAAGGACGAUGGCAAGCAAAAGCAGCCCGUUAAUUCCGAGGUUAGCGUUGGUGCUUGA